UGCGGAGGUUUUACGCCUGGAUGUGUCAGAGGGAGCCAGGGCGAGUCCUGACUGCAGACAUCGUCGACCAGCAACCAGGAUGCGCAUCAACAUGAGAAGAAAUCUUAGCAUUUCUCCAAACGGUUUACCACGGACAAACUCAGUGUGACCUCUCAGAUCAACACACAAGGGAAACGAACAAGCACAAAUCUCAGACGGAGUUUUGAUUCUGAAUCUCCUUGACAUCCUUCUGCUCUCCAGUGAAUUUAUUUUUUUGACCUUCUCAUCCCAUUCGUGAACCCCGCCAUGUCCGGGAAGGAGCGCAGCCCCCGCCACCGGCCGUGGUCGGUUUACGGGGCCAACACGUUUGAUCUCUCGGCUGAGAUGAUGGGGCUGGCUCUCUCGGGCAGCAGCCAGGAUCCAGACGAGCCUGUGCUGGAGUUCAGUGUGGCCUGCAGCGAGCUGGUCACUCCCUCUCUGGACAGAAAGCCAACCAGCUUCGUGGCCGUCAGCUGCACCACGCCGCCUCAGGCCUUCUGGACCAAACACGCUCAAACUGAGAUCAUAGAGGCCACCAGUAACCCGAUCUUCCUGAGCAGCGUGUCGUUCUUCCAGGACUCUCUGAUCACGCAGCAGACUCAGGUCAAGCUCUCGGUCUACGAUGUGAAGGACCGCACACAGGGCACGAUGUACAUGCUGGGCACGUCGACCUUCUCAGUGAAGGAGCUGCUGCAGGACAAACACCACAGACUGCACCUGACUCUCAGGUCAGGGGAGAACGAGCGGGUCGGGAACAUCACCGUCAUCGCCUGGCAGAUCGAGGAGAAGAGAGAGCAGAGAGCUCCAGUCGCACGACUACAGAGAGGAGACACGGUUAAUGGGAGGAUGGUUCUCUCUGUCGAUGCAAGCCUCACUGAACCCAUGGCCAUUAAAUCCAAGUCUUCCUCUCUGUGUAAAGACCCUCUGCUAAAGGCUGUUUUUGGGGGCGUGAUGUCACGAACGUACCGGUUCCCCACAACGGACGGUAACCACCUCCGGACCCUAGAGCAGAUGGCUGAGAGUGCGCUCUCUCUUCAUAUUCCCCGACAGUUUGUCAAGCUGCUGCUGGAGGAAGACGCCGUCAGGGUGUGUGAGCUGGAGGAGCUGGGAGAGCUGUCUCCAUGUUGGGAGAACCUCCGGAGGCAGAUCAUCACUCAGUAUCAGACCAUCAUCCUCACCUAUCAGGAGACCAUAAGUGACCUGCACGAAUACAAAGGUCCUUCAUUUAAGUCGAGUACCUUAAAAGCUGAGAAGAAGUUGGAGUUUAUUCCCACUAACCUGCACAUCCAGAGAAUGAGAGUACAGGGGGAGUCUGGCUAUGACCGGACGUACGAUGUUGUGACUAUCGGCGCUCCUGCAGCACAUCAUCAAGGCUUUAAAGGCUGCGGCCUCCGAAAAAUGCUGCACAAGCUAGAAGAAGCCAGGAAACACACUUAUGAGGAGGAAAGCCAAAGCUCUGUUGGUCCGGGCUCUAAAGGAAUGGUGUACCAGCCUCAGGACGUGGUGAAAGCGAAGGAGCUGAUUGGUCAGAUAAACACUCUGAAGACACAGGUGUGUUACUACACAGAACGUCUGUCUCGAGCCGCCAAGGAGCGCUCAGCCAACGCUCUGGAGAGAACACUGGCCAUCCUCACAGAGAAGACUCGUCAGCUGGUGACCGUGUGCGACUCCAAGCUGCUGUCCUCAGCCAUCCUUGCCCUGGCAGCUGCCCGUCCAGAGCCGACUCAGCGCAGCACUCCUUCGCCUUCCUCAUCCUCCCUCUCACCCUCCUCCCGUCCCCCAUCUCGCUCCCCCUCCCCUCGCCACUCAGCCUCCCCGUCCCGUGCCCCCACCUCGCCGUCCCGACAUGCGUUUCCUCCGGACGGCAGCGACGGGAGUAGAAACAAGCGCGCCUCCAUGCACGCAGAUUUACAUGAGGAUGAUUGGGACAAGGUGUGGCUCAAUGUAAAUAAGAGCCUGGACUGUGUGAUCCAGAGAGUGGACAGCCUGCUGCAGAGAGACAAAAUGCAGAGUGACAGCAGCUCCGAGGACGUCUUCGAGCUCGCCAACGAGGAGCCGGGUAAAACUAAGAAAGAAAACAGCCCAGAGGUAGAAAAGACUUCCCCGGAGUGGAGCGAGGCUCUGUACCCGCUGCUCACCACGUUGACAGAAUGUGCGUCUCUGAUGAGCGACAAAGCCAAGAAGGCCAUGGUGUUUGUGCUGAUGCAGGACAGCGCCCCCACCAUCGCCAUGAGCCUCACUAUGCAGUACCGCCGCGACGUCGUCUUCUGCCAGACGCUUACGGCGCUGAUCUGUGGCUUCAUCAUCAAACUGAGGAACUCUCUCUGUGACUCGGGCUUCCUCAGACAGCUGCACACCAUCGGCCUGCUGGUGCAGUACGAGGGUCUGCUCAGCACCUACGGUGAGGAGCUGGCCAUGUUGGAGGACAUGAGUGUCGGAGUGAUGGACCUGAGGAAUGUCACCUUUAAAGUCACCCAAGCGACUUCGGGCUUCUCCCCGGACAUGAUGCCGGUGAUCACAGGAAACAGGAACGGCUUCAACGUCAGGGUCCCGAUGCCCGGGGCGAUGUUCGACACGCUGCCGCGAGAGAUCCAGAACGGGAUGCUGCUGCGCGUUCAGCCCGUCCUGUUCAACGUGGGGAUCAACGAGCAGCAGACCAUGGCCGAGAAGUUUGGUGACACGUCACUACAGGAGGUGAUCAACAUGGAGAGCAUGACUCGCCUCAGCUCGUACUUUGAUCAAUUCAAAGAAGUCCUGCCAGAAGACUGCCUGCCUCGCACCCGCAGCACCACUAGUGUGCCCGAUCUGCUCAAACAGCUGAGCCUGAACGUGAACGCCAAGAAAAGCAAGAACGUGGAGAUUUUGUGGCAAGCAGCCGAGGCAUGCCGGCGUCUGAACGGCGUGCGUUUCACCAGCUGUAAGAGCGCCAAGGACCGCACGGCCAUGUCCCUGACCCUGGAGCAGUGUCAGAUCCUGCAGCAGGAGCACGCCCUCGCCCCGCAGGUCUUCUACCAGGCCUUGGACUGUAUGCGCAGUGAGGGCUGCAGGAGAGAGAACACCAUGAAGAACGUGGGAUGUCGUAAAUACGCCUUUAACGCUCUGCAGCUCAAGGCCUUCCCCAAACAAUACCGCCCCCCAGAGGGGACGUACGGGAAGGUCGAGACCUAAAGUGAACUCCUCUUAACUGGACGAAAACUAAAAGACUGAAGGGGAUCAUGAUGAUAGCACCACACAAACAAAAAAUACCGAACUGGAACAACAGCCCUUUGUUUUGUGCUUAGUCACUGUUACGAUUAUAAAUGUCCAAGUGCCAGUGCUACUGUAGAUUGUUUUCUAGCAGUUUCCCCUCUCCUCCAGUAGUGCUAGAAUCACACACUUUUCUUGACACUUCACAUACAGAAACAGGAGAGAUAUCUUUCUGUGUUACCUUGUAGCCUCUGUGCAGAUAACACUGGCUGCAGACGACCAGUCGUAGCAUCAGGAGUAAACUGUGUCCAUAGAAAAAUGUUGCAGAAGUCUCAGUCCUUUAGAAAGACGACGAAGGGCACGUUUGUUCUUGUCCUUUUUUCUUUGAUUUCAUCUUGUUACAUGGUCAAGGCUGUAGAUUAAGAACAUUUUUUGUUAUUGCCACAAAAUUGAAUGCAAAGACUUAGAAGAACGAUAAACAUUGUUGCCAAAAAACAUGAAAAGCACAUCAAUGAGCCACCCGGUUGCUCCGGCAGACAUGGGCAUUGUAGUUUAUUUUGAGGAAAUGCCACAUACACCAAGUUAGUGUUGUAAAACUCACAAAAUGUGUAUUAAUCCACCCCUGAAAAGUCCUAAACAAAUGUUUACUCCUGCUUGAUUAGCAUGUACGUUAUAAAAUACAGUGCCCAGCUGUUUGCAGAAAUUACAGAGCACCCUUAAAAAACAAUUUAACUAUAUUGUGAGCUGAUUGGUCUUUGAAUUGGAUUUUUGUUGCUGAUGCUGUGUUGACAUCCAACUGGUUUUCUCUUAUUCGUGGAGUGUUAGAAGAGACACAUUUAGGUGAAAGACAACAGCAGUAAACAAGUUGUAUUGUCUGGAGAAAGCAUUGAGUUAAGCUUUCUUGAAAAUGUGUCUUUUCAGAAACUGGUACAGUUUUGAGCUGCCUACAGGUGAAGUUGGCUAGUGUAGCUUUGGUCAAAAGAUCAGACCUUUUAUCAUAUUUUUCUGGACCUAAAUUGAGCUGCAGAGCUACUGUAGGCGGAAAGAAGUCAAAAAACGAUUUAUUGCAGUGCUUUUAGCCUAUUGUGUAUUUCUAUCCCACUGUCUCUCCUUUCUUUGUCUAUAACACCAUAUCACUUUCUAAAUCAAGCACAUAUCUGACCCCACUGUAUGGCAUUAGUAAAAUGAUGUCUCAUCUGAUGUGAUUUCUCUUCUGAUGCUACACUGGAAUCAUUGGUGGGAAACUGGUUUACAAAUCGUGGGUUUCAGAAGUGGUGCGUCACAUUAUUCUACAAACGUAUCGACUGAUAUUUAAGACACUUUGAAGGUUAUAUGCAGCACUAUAGUGGUUUGAUAGCCUUUGAAACUUGAGUUGUUAUUGUUUACAAAGCUUGUGUUUGCAGUUUUACAGCACUCAGUUGAAUUAUGCAGAAUGAACAUUUGAUAAAAAAACGACAUUUAUUUAACCUGCAUGAAGAUGAUUUGAAAUAUUGCUUUUUACUAUUGCAGUUGUAUACUGCAAUGUAAGAGUUGGAGCACUUGAUUAAUGUUUUAAGACUGAAAUAAUGCAUAUUGCAUUUUUCUCCCAAACAUCCACAACACCUCUUCUGUUGUACCAGCUCUACUGUACCUUAUUGUACAAAACUUGCAGAGACAGUGGAUUUUAUUUUGAAAAUGUUAUUUUGCUUACAUGUAUUUAUGUUAAUAUGGCUGUUGUUGCCAAAUGCUGUUAUAGUUUUAUCCAUUGUCAACGAGUAAGUUAGGACCUUGUGAUAAGUUGUAAAUGCACAUAGGCUGGAUGAGGGGGUUUGAAAGAUGCUUGCACCCCCGCAGAGACAUGAAGAGAAACUGGAUAAUGAAUAAAGACUUGUCAAUGCCAA